AUGUCUCUCCAUCGUGUCGGGUCUCUGGAGACUUUUUUGAGCAUUCGUUCCGAAGAUGGCGGCCGUCUGUCCCGUCGGGAUUCCCUAUCGUCGCUGGUGUCGGCAUCUGACAGAGCGCGCAAGUUGAGCUUCAACCCUCUGCCCGAGUCAUGGGACCCUAUUUUUGCGAGAGAUGAUGCCCAGCCACAUCUGGGACAAUCGGUGGGAGCGUUUGAGGUGCCCAAGUGGAAGAGAAUACUUCAGGUGGUGGUGACUGUGAUAUACUGUUUCUUCGCUGCGGGAGUGGUAUUUGGAUAUGCAGCUCUGAAGCCAGUGCUCAAAAAGGAAGGGGCGUAUCAUGAUGUUUGUGAUGGAGAGGAUACUUGUGUGGAAAUCCACCUGAAUCUCAUGUUCACUGUGGCUGCUGUGUCUACCAAUGUCGCAGCUUUACCCAUCGGUGCUAUUCUAGACAACUUCGGGCCACGCCUGUGUGGGUCUUUAGGCGCUAUAUUUUUAGCCAUCGGCGCACUGUUGAUGUCUUUUGCGCAGCGUGUGCCCUUUGACGGCUUCCUAGUUGGAUACCUCUUUCUCGCGCUGGGUGGUCCGUUUACCUACAUCAGCUCCUUCCAGCUUUCCAAUGCCUUCCCCCAGAACUCGGGCCUUAUCCUUGCCCUGCUCACAGGUGCUUUUGACGCUUCGAGUGCUCUUUUUUUAGUAUAUCGUGUUGUUUUCGAGAGCACGGGUGGCGCCUUUGGACAUCAAAAGUUCUUUCUGGUGUAUUUACUCGUCCCGGCCGUGAUACUUAUCCUGCAGUUUACGAUUCUUCCCGCGCAGUCAUAUAAAACGGUUGGAGAGAUGAUCGAGGAUAUCCAGGAUCCCGAAUUUGGCAAUCCGUACGCACCGUCUGAAAACGCUGUCGAUGACCAGCUAGACGAGCAGACCGCACUACUACGCGAAGAGCAGCAAGAACAUCGGGAAGUUGUCGUCCAGGAGAUCGAGGAGCUGAUUGGAUCGACCAAGGCAGACAAACAGGCACAACGGGAGGAGAAGAAAAACGAAAGGAGCGGCGUAUGGGGAGUGAUGCACAAUUACAACGCAUGGCAGCAGAUCAAGUCCUGGUGGUUUUGGCUCAUCUGCCUCUUCACUGUCGUGCAGAUGACACGCAUCAACUAUUUUGUUGCGACUGUCCGCCCCCAAUACGAAGCUAUCUUCCACUCUGGGGACAAGGCCGUCGAGGUCAACAACUUCUUCGACCUGGCUCUUCCAUUGGGGGGACUAAUAUCGAUUCCCUUCAUCGGACAUAUUUUGGACCACUUCACCACCGUCACCGUGCUCACGACGUUGGUUUCGGUCGCCACGGCUAUAGGGAUUUUGGGCGUUCUGCCGUACAUGUGGGCUGCGUAUCUCAACGUGUGUCUGUUCUGCCUAUACCGCCCGUUCUACUACACGGCGGUAAGCGACUACAGCGCAAAGGUGUUUGGGUUCCGCACCUUUGGCACCGUGUAUGGUACGAUUAUAUGUCUAUCUGGGCUGUUCAACUUCAGCCAGAGCGGGCUGGACUUCUUGUUCCAUGUGGUGUUCCGGGGAGAUCCGGUGCCGGUCAAUUUGAUACUGCUGUCGCUAGGCUUGUCGAUAGGUGUGGCUUUGGUCUCGUACGUGGGGUGGAAUGUGAGGAAGACGCAGAAGAAGACAUUGGCUAGGGAAGCGGAACUUGGGACGUCUUGA